AUGAGCAAACCACUCGCCUUCGGGCUGAACCUCAAGAAGCCCGGCGCUUCCAAGCCCGCGGCACCACGCCGCAAGCCCAUGUUUGGCGGCGAUGAUUCCGACUCUGACGGAGACGAUCAAAAUGCCAGCACCAAGGCCCAGGCUAUUGGUGGCGACCUCGACGGCGAUUUCGGCAGCUCGCGACCGCAACAAGACUCUGGGCCGCGCAAGCCCAAAUCGAAACCUAGCUUGGCUUCCAAUGGCCCGCCACCGAAACUGAAUGCAAAGACACAGCCCAACGCCAUGUUUGGCGAUCUGUCGAGCUCGUUCGCCUCGCGCAAGAAUGCCGCCGCCGCGGCUGAGGUGGACGCCAACGUCUACGAAUACGACAAUGUGUACGAUUCGUUCAAGCCCAAAAAGCAAGCGACAAAGGAAGACGUCGAGAAGAAGCCAAAAUAUAUGAAGAAUCUGAUACAAGCAGCGGACGUGCGUAAGCGCGAUCUGCUCAUUGCCGAGGAGAAGAAGAUUGCACGCGAUCGUGAAGCGGAAGGCGACGAGUUUGCCGACAAGGAAAAGUUCGUGACGGCAGCAUAUAAAAAACAGCAAGAGGAAAACAGGCUUAUAGAAGCGGAAGAGAAGAGGAAAGAAGAGGAGGAGGCCAAGAAAAACCAGGGCGGGGGUAUGUCGGCUUUUUACCGCCAACUCCUGAACAAGGACGAGCAGCGCCACGCCGAGUCCGUCAAGGCAGCAGAGGAGAUGACCAAAACUGCGACCCUGAACAAGGAUGCCGAUGAGCCGGAUAUAGAGGAAGAAGAGGACGGCGAUAAAGCGCAAGCGGCGCGCGCCCGAGCCAUGAACGAAAAAGGCGCCUCCGUUGACGUCAACGAGGACGGGCAGGUGGUGGACAAGAGGCAACUGCUCCGAGGCGGCCUGAACCUGGACCCCAAGAGGAAGGCGGCCGUCCCGGCGGCUGCCCAGCAGCACAAGGCGGCCCAGCGCGAGUCCAAGGACGGCCCCGCGCCGGGCCAGGCCGGUAGGCGGCAGGCCAUGCGGGAGCGCCAGUCGCGUCAGAUGGAGGAGCAGCUGGAGCAAUCGCUGAAACGCGCGUACGACGAGGAAGAGGCCAAGAAGCAGGAGAUGGAGCGGGCGUCCAAGAGCCGCAAGACGGACGGAGAAAUCUCGAGCGCCAAGGAGAGAUACCUGGCCAGAAAGCGGGCAGCGGACGAAGCUAAAAAGGCGGGCGUCUCUGCGCCGUGA